AAAAAGGAAAAAAAAAGGAGAAAUAAAAAGAGAAGAAAACAAUACUCCACAAGCAAGAAGAGAGAAGAGAGAAGAGAGAAGAGAGAUGAUGAAUGAAGGGGGGGCACUUGACUACUUUUUUAUGUUGCACGCAUCCAUGGCAGAAAACAGAAGGCAGACAGAUUACUGCUCCUUCAACGACUAGACGAGAGAAGAUCAAACCCCAACAACAAUUCAUCCGUUUCUCCAACAUACAAACCCAGCCCACCAUUUUCCUUCUCUACCUUUCACCUUUUCUGAUUUUCUAAGAUUUAGCAGGAUUCAUUGCUCUCUGCUCUCUCCCAGUAUAUGCAUUCACAUUCAUGCAUGUAUGCAUUCUCGAUUUCUGCAUUUCUCGAAGCGUGCUCACACUCUGUAGCCUGGAAUUUGGGCUGUUUAGACUUAGAUGAAGGGGAUGCCCUUGCCCUUUGCUUUUCAGGGGAAGGGGGUGUUCGACUUUGAUUUUUCACUGAAAAACACAGAUUUCGUCAAUAAAGGUUGUUUCAGCUUCGCCGAGCCUACAUCUGUGCUGCAUUCUGCCAGAGUUACAUCCUCUUCGACUCUGUCUUCAUCUCUCGGCGGAGGAGGUGGUGCUGCUGCUGCUUCCACCGACACGGCAGGCGUGGCGGCUGUUUCUGACUCGAAAUGGCAGCAAGACCCCACCACUGCAACCAGCUCCAAUGCCGGAGGAGCGACUGACUCCGACCUCCUCCCCGUUCCGCCGUCGCUGGAGAUCGGAGGCGGCGGCAACCCGGAUAAAGUUUCUAUGGAGGAUUGGGAGAGCGUGCUGUCGGAGUCUGCGGCUGUUUCGCCCAGCCAGGAGCAGGCCUUCCUCCGCUGGGUCAUGGGUGAUGUGGACGAUCCUGCAAAGUCUCUCCAAAUUGGCGCCGCGGAGUUCGAUUUCGGUGGCGGAUUCGGUGUAGUGGAUCAAGGGUUCGGCGGGGACCAAUUUGGGGGAAGCAGCUUCAUGCCCUCGCUCCCAAUUUACCCUAAUACCAACAGAUCCAGUGUUGAGAAGAUUGAAAUGAGACCUCCCAUUUUCAACCACCAGCACCAGCCCUCCUUCUUCCCGCCGUCGUUCAAUCAACAGCAAGAGCAGAGCCUCUUCGGGCCUCCUCAGGCCAAGCGCCACAGCCCCGGAUGGCCCGCUGACGAGCCAGGUGCCCCGAUCUCCAGAAGGCCGUUUACGGACACCGGGCAGUUUCCUCAUCACCUGCAGCAGCAGAAGCCCAAAAUGGAGGAAUUAGGGCAGCAGCAGGCCAUAGUCGACCAGCUCUUCAAGGCUGCAGAGCUUGUCCAGACAGGAAAUCCAGCACUCGCGCAAGGGAUAUUGGCGCGGCUCAAUCACCAGCUCUCCCCCAUUGGUAAGCCUUUCCAUCGGGCUGCCUUUUAUUGCAAGGAGGCUUUGCAAAUGCUCCUCCAAACUAAUGUCAACAACUCUUCCUCCACGCCUUUUAGCCUCGUUUUCAAGAUUGGUGCUUACAAAUCUUUUUCUGAGAUCUCCCCUCUUGUCCAAUUUGCCAACUUUACCUGCAAUCAAGCCAUUCUUGAAGAGCUCCAAGGCUUUGAUAGGAUUCAUAUUGUUGAUUUCGACAUUGGCUAUGGCGGCCAGUGGGCUUCUCUUAUGCAGGAGCUUGCACUUCGUGGCGGAGGCGCCCCCUCCUUCAAAAUUACUGCCCUUGCUUCUACUUCCACCCAUGAUCAGCUCGAGCUCAGCCUCACACGAGAGAAUCUCAUCCAGUUUGCUAGCGAGAUUAACAUCACAUUCGAGUUUGAGGCUAUUAGCAUUGAUUCCUUGAGUUCUGCUUCUUGGUCUUCGCCUUUCCACGCGCAAGAGAACGAGGCGGUUGCAGUAAAUCUCCCUGUCUGCUCUCUUGCCAAUCACCAGUUCUCGGUGCCACUAAUCAUGCGCUUUAUCAAGCAGCUCUCACCAAAGAUUGUUGUUUCUAUUGACAGAGGGUGUGAUAGGACUGAUCUUCCGUUCGCCAACCAUGUAGUCCACGCCCUCCAGUCUUACUCUAACCUGCUCGAGUCUCUUGAUGCCGUCAAUGUGAAUAUGGACGCCCUGCAGAAGAUUGAGAGGUUCUUGCUCCAACCUGCCAUAGAGAAGAUUUUGAUGAGCCGUCUUCGCUCACCUGAGAAGACGCAGCAUUGGAGGUCUCUCUUUUUGUCUUCAGGGUUCUCCCCAAUAACGUUUAGCAACUUCACGGAAUCACAAGGUGAGUGUGUGAUAAAGAGGACUCCAGUUCGAGGUUUUCACGUUGAGAAGAGGCAGUCUUCUCUCGUUCUAUGCUGGCAAAGGAAGGAACUGGUCUCUGCUACAGCUUGGAGAUGCUAGAGCAAGUGGAAUUCUUCUAGAAGGUGCGGUGCUAUGAAAUUUCACAAACUCAACUGCUGCCUAAGAAAAUCUAUGAAUAUUCAUCAUGCCUGAGUUUCUUCAAUGAUUCGGGCAGAUUUGUUUCCAACUUUCAAAUGAAUUAGACACAUUUUAGCACUGGAUUUUCUAGUAUAGUUAAUCGUAUUCGAUGUUGUAUGUUCUUACUACUCUCUUGGUGCUGCCUUGCUUUUCUGCUCCAAGGCAGAUUUAUUGUGUUUGUAUUCCUAAACCAGGAAUGGGAAGAAAAAAAUAUGAAAAAAUCAAAUGAAUUUAACCCUUUUUUUAUCUCA